GCAUCAACGUCGUCUUCUAGCUUUAUCACCACAUUGAACGCCACCUGCCAAAGCCAGACAGACGAGAGACCGGACAGGGGAGCAAGGGGCAUGUCAUGAACUCGACAUCGGCGCCCGCGCUCUUGAGCGCCAAGGGCAAACACAAGCAGACGUGCGCUGCUCCUGAGGUGUUCGGAGACUCAGCCGCGCGACCGACCGACAACCAGCAGGACGGCGACGGAAAAGAGGCGGAAGAGCAGCAGGAGGCGGAAGAGGCAGAGGCAGAGGCAGAGGCAGAGGCAGAGGCAGAGGCAGAGGAUCAGGAAGAAGAAGAAGGGGAGGACACAUGUCUCAUCUGCCUCUCAUCGAUCCAGGAUCGUACGCUGCUGCCGAUAUGCUCCCACUCGCUCUUCUGCUUCGACUGCAUCCUCGAGUGGUUCCGCACCGGCCAUGGUCGUUGUCCGCUGUGCUCCCGCGACGUGGGCCGCUACGUGAUCCAUGAGAUCCGGUCCGAGGAGGACUACCUCCGCUUCUACCUCGCCGGGUCCUCCGCCUCUGCCUUGAAGCUCGACGACAACGAGGCGGGCACAACGUGGGCCAGGAGCAUAAGGGAGGAGCAGGAGCUGAGGAUGACGAGGGGCGCGCGCAGGCAGCUGGCCAUGCGGCAUACGAGACGGGACGCCAAGACGGGUCGACGAGGUGGCGAGGAGGGCAACGAAGAGGACGAUGCGAUGGGCCGGUGGAACAGGCAGCUCGAGACGAGGCGUACAGUGUAUCGCGAAGGCCUAUUCUCGCUGCACAUGGGCUCGAACCGAUUCAGCAAGCUCGGUGCACCGCCGACCCCCGCGCAGAUCUCGCAGUCGAACCAACUGCAGUCCUCGCUCCGCCACUUUCUGCGCCGAGAGUUCCUCGCCAUCUGCUCCGUCCUGCACCAGGGCCAGCACGACGACGACGAAGGCAGCGGCGGCCCGCUCCUUGACGUCAACUUUCUGACGACGUACACGCUCAGCAUCUUACAGCACCUCGAUGUGCGAUCUGAUCAGACAGUGCGACUCCUGUCUGAGCUGCUGAGCGAGGGCGAGGAUGGCAUCGUAGGACUUCUCGUGCAUGAGCUCUAUUCCUUCUUGCGAUUCUGUACGGGAGUGGGGAGAGGCGGUGGGAGACGGAUAUGGGAGUGGGACCGUGAGGUCAAGUAUGGGCAAGGCGUCUGGGGAAGGAGAAGCAGGGAGAGAGCGCGAGGGCGAGAACGAAAGAGGGACCGAGGUGAUCGCAGCCAUCGAGCAGAGACCAAUGCAGAUCAUCCCUAUCCCACCAAUAGGGAAGAAGGAGCGCGCUCAAAGAGGAAAAGACUACUUCGUCUUGGAGAGGACCAGGCCGCGGAGAGUCACAGGGAAGACGAGACCGAAGACCACCCGAACCCGAAUGAACCAGAUAGGGAAGAGGACCCGGGCCCAUCGAGGGAACUGAUUCGCACGCAGCGCUCAAAGCUGCUCGACAAGUUGCAAAUCGAACGCACGCAACAGCAGCAGCAGAUCUCCGCCGUGUCUAAAUAUAGACGAGAGGACGGAGAUGCUAGACGGAAGAGACUAAUGGAGAAGCUUAGAAAGGAGCGAGACACCUACAAGCUGGACACUGUUCCCUCGCCUGCCCUUGCAGUCCAAGAAGGAAAAGGCGAGAGUAUGAACGAGCAGAAGGAACAAGAGCUCAAACGACGGAUCCUCGAAGCACGAGAGAGAGCUCGGGAACAGCAAGGCUCGCACCCCACCAAUGUAACAUAAUGCAAGAAUGACGUAUGUAUUUGUUUGGCUCUCUCAUCGAGCACUCCAUGCUUCUUCUUCAUCGCCCGCGCCUCCUCUUUCCUCCUCCUCCUCCUCCUCCUCUUCCUCCUCACUGUCGCUGCCCAGCACUGGUUCGUACCCUUGGUUUCCUGGGCCCUGUGCUGUGCCGCCGCCUGCCCGAUGGCUGUCGAGCGCGGCAUGGACGUCGUUGAGGCUCACGUUCGUCAUCUCGGGCAGCAUAAAGUAGGCAAAGAGCCAUGUGAGGACUGCAAUGACUGAAUAGAGCCAGAAGGAACCCUCGGG